AUGGAUCCAGUCGAAGAAAACUCGAAAGAAAAGGAUUCUCCAAAGCGGCCAUCAAUUUUUCGAUUGCCUGCUCAUCAAAUUUCGUCCAUAUUGUCUAGAACUGAAGAAGAAUCGUCUACGGGAACCAGUAAAGAACAAAUUGAAAAGGGUGAAGUCGGAAAUGUUUCCAGAGAAGAUGAGCAAAGCCGCAACGCUGAAAGUAAUAAUGAUAAUAAUGAUGCCAAUGAUGCCGAGGUUCAUGCUCGUAUGCAAUUUUUGAUGAAAUCAAUGGAGGAAUGUUGCGACAAUACAGAACCAUCUGAUCAUACGAACGGUGAUGCUGGUGUUAAUGAUAUUGCUGAGGAAACUGGAAAUGAUACGUGUAUGAAUUUUUCAACGGGCCCCGCAGAUGAACUUUGCGACUAUAACGAUGACCAAUGUGAUAUUGCAGUUAACGACCAUGAUACCGCUGAUAUCAUUGAAAAUGAGCUCGAAACCGCAAUUUCGGAUCCAAGCCAGACUAACCGUCUAUCUUUUUCGACUUUGAUUGACGAGAAUGGAAAUAUCGAGGUUCAUUCAAUGGAUAUUGAGACUGAUAAUGCCGCUGUUUUUGCCACUAAUAUGGUUUCCAAUGAUAAUGGUGUUUGCCAAGCUUGUGGCAGAUGUGGACCUCCGGCGUUAGUCAAGAAGGAGUCGGAAAUGCAAACUGAUGAGAGAUCUCUUACAUUAAAUGCCUACUGCCAGGCUAACCCUAGCGUCGUCGAAUGUGGCACGGACCCUGACAUCGCAGUUUGCAACUCCGAAGUGCAAACAUUGGAUGUCGUUUGUUCUGAUAAAGGAAUUGAGACAGAUGUCGUCCUCUCGAAGGGAGCAGGAAUGCAGACGGAAAAAGUUGAUGUCGUUGACGGUGGAAUGCAAACGGAAUAUGUGUUGAAAUGUACAACUUCUUCGCAGACUGGUGCCGAAUAUUCGAAAGAAAUUAGCACGCAGACUGAGGAUGUCGAUUUCAUGCGAGAGAUUUUACAAAAAGUCACUAAUCUUGAGAGAAACACUAUAUCGCCUAUGCAACAAUCUCCAAGUAAUCAACUACUUUAUUUGCGCCAAUUGGGAAUGGAUCCCAACAUUGUUCCACAGGGAUAUUUCCCUCCAAUGACACCAAAUAUCAAAGCGAUGUUCCAACUUCAAUUGCGAAUCAAACAAUGGUUGAUCAUCGGUUCGUUACUCCGGAGCAAGAAGAUUUAA